GUCAAAGGCCGGCCCAAGCAGGUGGGUGGCACCCGCCCAGGUGAGCUCCACUCGGUGCCGCAAACCCUGCCCACCCGUGAGGAAGGGAGGGCGGAUAUUCUUCCAUCCUUGUGCUAUCAUGGCUCUUGCCGCUGUUGUUGCAUACAUAAAUAAAGUCUUUGUUUUCUUUGGCAGGUCUUGUCCUACAAUCCCUAACAAAAAUGCUUCUGGUUUUUUAACAAAUGUCCUUUUAAACAUUUUCUUUAAUUCAUUAUAUAUCAUUUCCAAAAAAAAAAUUAACUUCUCUACAUUCCCACCGGAUAGGAUAAAAAGUCCCUUCUUUUUCUUUACAUUUCCAACAUGUAUUUGACCCUGUUUUGUACAUUUUUGCUAUCUGUACUGGUGUUAUAUACCAUCUAUACAUCGUUUUCAUAUAAUUUUCUUUCAAAAGAGAAGAGUCUGUAAAUUUUAAAUCUGUUUUCCACAAUUUUUCCCAAUCCUCAAAUUGUAUGUUAUGUCCUAUAUCUUGUGCCCAUUUGAUCAUGACUGAUUUUACCUCCUCUUUUGUUUCCCAUACUAGCAGAAUACUAUAUGCACUCUUCAGCAGUUUCACUUCUUCUUCUAUGACUUUUGAAAUUUCGAAGUGGCAUAACUAAAUCCUUUCUUAUUCUCUUCUUUGUACAUCUCAUGUAAUUGCCUGUAAUGUAACCAACUCUGAAAAUGAUCUUUUACUUCCUCAUAAUCUUUUAGUUUCCAUUUUCCUUCUUGGUCCUUUAAUAAAUCUCUGUAUGUAAGCCACUUCCCCUUUUACCAAGUGGUUUGAGCAACAAAGCUUCAAUUGGUGACAGCCACCAAGGUGUCUUUUGUUCAAUACUUUGAUGUUUUCACAUCCUGUAGAAUUCUACGUGUCAUAUUUUAUCUGCACAAUUGGGAUGAAUUUCCGGAACCAAAAAGUCAUAUUGAAAAAUACAGCUUUCGAACCCGUCUGGCCCCCAAAAUGGCAACUAGGCAUUCCAUUUUGGCGACUGUAACCCUGGUUUGAGGAGCCAUUUGGCCACCUGGCUUAGAUAUAUUGAGUUUUUAGAGUGGUGGUGCUGACCUUUAAAGCCCUAAACGGCCUUGGCCCAGUAUACCUGAAGGAGCGUCUCCACUCCCAUCGUUCAGCCUGGACACUGAGGUCCUCCUCCAAGGGUCUUCUGCUGGUUCCCUCCCUGCGAGAAGUAAUGCUACAGGGAACCAGGCAGAGGGCCUUCUUGGUGAUGGCGCCCACCCUGUGGAACGCCAUCCCACCAGAUGUCAAGGAGAUAAAGAACCACACAACUUUUAGAAGACAUCUGAAGGCAGUUCCUGUAUCGGGGAUUUUUUAUGUUUGGCGUUUUACUGUUUUUACAUGUGCUGUAAGCCACCCAGAGUGGCUAGGGAAACCCAGCCAGAUGGGUGGGGUAUAAAUUAUAAAAUUAUUAUUAUUUAUAAAACUGAUCUGGUUGGCCACUGUGAGAACAGGAUGCCAGACUAGGUGGGCCAUUGGCUUGGUCCAGUAGGGCUGUUUUUAAUGGAUGCCUUUCUGACAUUUCAGGCGUCUAUGGAGAAGGAGGCGGCUGCAAAUACCUCUGAGGCAGGCCAGACUCAGGCAGCUGUGAAACAGAGGCAGCCAUGGCAGGAAAUGGAGCAGGAAGUUGACAAUGAGGAAGCCAGGUGUCUGAGUAAGGAGAAGCUGUGCUUUCUGAGCCUGCCUUUUUUGAUGCGCCCCCCCCCCCCCGUUUCUUUCUUCUUUUUAAUAUGUAUUUUUAAUGAAAUUUUCUGUUUUACAAUUUACAGUAUUCAUUUAAACAACCUUAAAAUAUCGAUGACUUCUCUUCUUUUCUUUCCAUGGUUCAUUUUGCAUAGCAUAAAUCCCUGGAUGUUUUAUAUAAACUAAACCAUUCAGCAUUCCAUUAUUACAUCCAUCAAAACUUAUUUACAUUGUUGAAUUUAUCUUAAUGCUGCCCACGUUUUCAAGCGUACAGAAUUUCCCCCCUCCAUAUAUUCAAUAAACAUUUUCCAAUCUUCUUUAAAUAAAUAUUCUUCUUGUUGUCUUAUUCUAUAAGUUAGAUCCGCAAGCUGCACAUAUUCCAUCAGCUUAAGUUGCCAUUCUUCUUUAGUUGGGACCUCACUCGUUUUCCAUUUUGGGGCUAACGAAACACGGGCCGCCGUGGUAGCAUACAUAAAUAACCUUUUUUGACACCUGGGAAUUUCCAUCUGAAUUAUCCCCCCCCAAAAAAGUACUCUUGGCUUUUUUGUAAAGGUGCUUUUAAACAUUUUUUUCAAUUCAUUAUAAAUUAUUUCCCAAUACUCUUUUACCCUUUUACAUCAUCAAAAGGGUAAAAGAGGAUGCCCCAGUUUCUAGCCUUGCCUUUUAGUUUCACAUCUAUUGCUGUUGGUGCUUGUGUAAAGGGGUAGUUUUGUUUACAAAUUUACUUUGCAGGCUCCCAUAAACAUCUGGUUGAUCACUGUUGGUACAAGAUUCUGGACCAGAUGGGCUUUUAGUCUCACCCAGCAGAGCUCACCUUAAAGCAUUACAGUCCAGGAAAACCAAAACAAAAAUCUCCAGCAGCUGGGUCCUUCAGAGGGGAUGCAAUGUUUUCUUGUAGGAAAGGUUCCCAAAGCAUUCACCUUAUGACAAUGAGUUUCAUUGAAUCAUUGGUGAGCUCAACCCCUGGAGUUUGGGGACAGGGAACAUUGCAAAUUUGGAAUACUGGAGCGGGUGGGUGAAGUGGACAGCUAAGUUUUCCCACCAGCCUUUCCAGAGGGGAGAAUAUGACUCACGAUGGGGGAAGAGAGAGCAAACUGAGGUCUUGCUUGUCAUUUUGGGUCUUUCUCUUUAUUCCGACAGGUGAUGUGCAGGUAGUUGAGAAUGAGGUAGAACCAUGUGCGAUUCUGCCAGGACUUAAGCAUGAAGAUGUAAAAGAGAAUUUGAAACACAAGAGAGUUCCUACAAGAGAGAGACCCCAUAAAUGUGAACAAUGUGGGACAAGCUUCAAUUGGAAGUCAAACCUUAUCGCACAUCGAAGACUCCAUGCAGGGGUGAAGCCAUAUAAACACUCCAGGGGUGCAAAGAGCUUCUGCCAUACAUCAAAAGUUGCCAGAAGUCAAGGAAUUUGCACAGGAGAGAUGCUCUAUAAAUGUGACCUGUGUGAAAAGAGCUUCAAGAGGACGUCGAACUUGACUGCACAUCGAAGAAUCCACACUAGAGAGACAUUUCAUAAAUGCUCAGACUGUGACCACAGCUUCAGUAACAGCACAGACCUUACUGCACAUCAGAGAACCCGUACAGAGAAAAAGCUAGACAGUGGCACCAGUUAUGCUUCUCAAGCAAGCUCUACUGAACAUAAAACAAUCUGCACUGAAGAGAGACCUUAUAAAUGCUCAGCAUGUGAACAUAGCUGCAGUAGCAGCACAAACCUUAUUGCACAUUGGAGAGCCCACAUAGAGAAGACAGAUUGUGGCAUAAGCUCUGUUCCUCCAUCGGACUUUGUUGGAGAUGACACAACCCGCUCUGUAAAGAAACAUUUUAUAUGCUCCAAAUGUCAAACGUGUUUCAUGUCUCCCUUAAGCCUUGGGAUACAUCAGCUGGGUCACAAAGAGCAGGUACCGUAGAAAUUUUCAGAACUUGUUUGCUAAAUCAAAGGAAAUAAAGGAAUUCACACAGGAAAUGCUUGGAGUGUGGAAAAAAGUGUACACCUUCUUUCACACCAAAGUGACGCGCA